AUAGUUAAAAACAUAGUCCGUUACAUAUUAGUCAUAUUUUCAAAUAAAAAAUUGUUUAUAAGAAUAUCCGUUUUUCACAUAUAACGUAAGGCAUUAAGAAAGCGCUAAACAGAAGGAGAUUGAGUCACUCAAUUCUAAAGCAGAUAUGGCACGUAGGAGAGCACAUAGUUUGUUGUGUCUCUUUCAUUCCAUACCAAUGAAAAAAGCCAAAAUCAGCCACCGGUUUCCAAAUAAACCAAUGGAACUGGCCCAAUGUAUAAUCUAUUCGCCCACUUUGUUUUUUUUCUCAAAGAUAAAAACAUUUUCUAAUACGUAUACAACUUACGAUAUCUGAAUGCGAAGUUUCACCAAUCCAUUAUAUGCUUUGUGUGUAUAAAUAUACAGACGAGUGUGUGUUGUUACAGACUCAAACAAUAUCUUCUUUUGUUCCAUCAACAAAAAAAAACCUGUCCAGAGAUUUCUGUUUUCCUUUUCUUUUUUUCUUAUAAUGGAGUUUGUGAUUUCUAAACGAGUCCAAUAUGAGGAAGUAGCAGCUGAGCGUUUAAAAGAGGAACAAGUGUCCAAGGAGCUACAUCUGAAAUCGUCUCAAACGCAGACGCUGAACAAAAAAGCCGUCCUCAACCGCAUCCGCAAUCACAAAUGUAUUCAUAACCUCAAGAGUCUUCUUCAUACUACUGCUCCUAAGAGGGGUUCCACCGUCGAUGCUGAGUACCGGUGGAUUGAUAGUGGUGAUAUAUUUUCUUGUCCAUGAGAUGUACAAGAGACUUUAGCACGUGUACAUGUAUGUUUGUCUCUACAUGUAUCCAAACUAAUUCAAGUUGUCUUAAAUGAAUUUGGUAUUGAUCAUAUCAUAGUUGUAGAUUUCCAUGUUAUACGAUGAAUUGAUGAU